CUGUCAAAAAGUAAACACUUAAUUCAUGCUUCUCUUUUAGAAUGAAGGGCAUGUUUUUCAUCUUCAUUAUGAGUUUGUGAUUUCAGUGAAAUACCAUGAACUGAACUGAACCCAAGAAUUUUGAAAGCAGUGUGCAGUCUCCUUCCUGGAAAUGUUGUCCUUCUUGGGUUCAGAGACAGAUGAGGAAAGACUGAUCAAAGCCAGCCAGACUCUGUAUGAUUAUGUGUAUUUAUAUGUCUCUUCCACAAAUACAAUAUUCAGAAUCCUCAAUCAGCACCUUGGUACCCACUUCCCCAUUAUUUCAGUGAAAGAAAGCCUUAGCCUUAAAGAGAACCUUCAGCUCUUGAUCAGCUCUCUGAAAGAGUUGCAAACUGUUGUAGAAACAGAAGCCAAAGAUGUUAAGCAUCACGUCGGCCAACAGUUGUAUGCUAAAAUUGCUGGCCCCAUCACCUCUCUGCAGGAGAAGACUGCAGUUGUAAAGGACCUGUAUGAAAAUUAUAAGGGAGUUUUAGGAGGUAUAUGUGGUCCAUUCAUUGCAGUGCUGCUGAAACAUGGCAAUCUCUCAGACUCAAUAGAGUCUGCCAUUCAUCAGUUGGUGACUUCCCCUGCCUUAUCCCUCCAAGUUGCUGACCUUAUAAAUCACAAUGAUCUCACCAAAAUACUACCAACUACUGACAAUGGCAGCAGCCCUUCAAGGAGUACCGCUCAGCAGACUGGACCACUCAAUCCGUCAACCAGUUUCUCACUGCCUGGCUUCAUACGAGCUAUUCUUCAGCGACAAACUACUAAGAACAGCCUGAAAAUUGCAGCAGACUAUCUGGAAGAAGCUGUCAGGGUACUAAAACCAUCUUGUGAAUUAUUCCAGUGCAUUGUUAAACUGGUCAAGGUCUGUACCUCACUGGUGCCUGAGAAGGUGCAGUGAUCCGUCAGGCAAAUGCUCACAUGGUAGAGAUCCAUUUCUUUCCUUUCUAUUCUUACAACCAGGAAAGUUAUGCAAAGGAACAAGAGAUAAUUUCUGCUUCCCCAGUAAUUUCUGCUGUCACAUUUAGCAUCCAGAUCUGAACAUUGUAUUAAAGAGUGAAAGUCAAGCCCUGUUGUUUUGUUAAUGCAAAAUCUGAAUAAAUAAAAAUCAACAGGAAACUAACUCAAAAGGUAACUGUUGACUGUUGAAAUUGUAUCUUUAUUAAGUAUGUUUUAACAGUCUGGCCAAGCCUAUUUGAUUAUUUUAAUAGUGUUAGUUCAGUUUGACUUGUCUGCUUUUGUGAGUUGGGCAACUACAGUUCCUUUAUUUUAAAUAAGCUGUGAUAGGGGUAUUCUUAGGGAAACUGACCACUGAUUGGAUUUGCAGGUGAUCUGUCAUUUUGGAGCAGAGGAUCAUUGUGAUUUGAGAUCUUAAUGUGCAGCAAAGUGAAGAAUGAUUUUGUCUGUCUACCAGUUUUUCUGUGCUACCUUGGCCAUGUGACUUAGAGGUAAAUCAACAGGACUUGGGCAACUAACUCAGUUAAGGCACCUAUAGGUCCUCAUAAUUUUUUGGUCAACUUUCUAAUCCUGGAGGCACCUACGUUUCCUGGACACCUAAAUUUGGUGGUGGCCAGAUGAAACAAUUGUAUUGGUUUACUUCAAGAAACACUGAGCCAAUGAGCUGUUUCUUCUGUCUGUUCCUAAGCCACUGUGACUUUAAAUCCAUUUAAUUUAUUUUUAAAGUUACAGCACUAGUCUAUUGGUACAGGUAGAGGAGUGGACAGAUACAACAGCUACAUUGGCUUAUCUGACACACAGUUCAGCAGCCUGUCCCUCAGCCCUUUUAAAUGUUUCAUCAUUACAUCUGAAAGUUCCCUGGGCAUCUAAUAAGUGUCUAUUUCUGAGCCUUCCUAGAAGUACCUGAGUCAUAACUCAGGCCUUUGUACGUGCCACAU